AUGGGCAACAUCGUCUUCGGGAACUUGCUUUGGAUUUCUGUCCAACCGCUUAUACGCAUGUUCUUGUGCGUAGCAUGCGGAUUCGGAAUCACGAAGGCAGGUUUAUUAUCCGCCAUGGCAUCUAUCGGGAUGGGGCAAGUCAUCAUAAAUGUUACGAUUCCAAGCCUGAUGUUCUCGACGAUCAUACCAUCGUUCCACUCAUCUAACAUGGCUGAACUCGGCCCUCUUGUCAUCAUUGCGUUGAUGAAUAUGCUGAUUGGUAUAACGCUGUCGUGGAUCAUCAAGCAACUCUUUUGGGUUCCUCACAGAUUCCGGUAUGGAAUUCUCAUGGUUGGAGGAUGGGGAAACACCAGUGAUAUACCUAUAUCUGUGGCCACGAGCGUCAUGGCAGCAGCUCCUUUCAAUGGAACUGAUGAUGAGAACCUGGCGGUGGGCUACAUCGCUGUUUUUAUGCUGGUGUGGUCUAUCACACUGUUUCCUCUUGGCGGAUACCGGUUGAUUAUAAUGGAUUACGAUGGUCCUGACUUGGACAAUGAUCGAGUCAAGGAGAGGCUGAGCACCAAACACUCGAAGAUUCUGUCGAGACUUACUGCUGGAUUCGUCUACCUCAGGCAGAUAUUUUUCUUCAGCCAUUCACCGGUCAGGGAACUUCAUACCGAAGUCGGUCAGAAUAGUACUGGCGAAAAAGAGUCUCCUCAUGCGACGUCCACGCACGAGAACUCUGUCACCACGCGUCAUAAACCACCGGAGCAGGAAGAAAUUGGAGUAUCGACAUCGACGAAUGAAGAACUGCCUACUUCUCCCUCGUUUACAUCAAUACUGCCCGGUCCGGCUUUGACUGGCGAAGCCCAGAAAGUCUUCACAACUACUACUGAUCUUCCUAACUUGCCCGCUGGGCAUGUCGCGGUGACGCAUGUUCAUUGGUUUAAGAAGUUUAUCGGUCUGACCUCGAGAUUUUUGCGAUCCGCCAUGACUCCCCCAUCUUUGUCGAUCAUCUUCUCAUUCACCAUCGCCAUUAUUCCUCCAUUGAAGGCGCUUUUUGUUGCAGGGGUUCCAGGCACCCAUAUACCUUCAGCACCUGAUGGUCAACCUCCACUCGCUUUUCUUAUGAAGACGUCCACGUUUAUUGGUAACGCAUCCGUACCGAUGGGCUUGAUUAUGCUUGGGUCUGCUCUCGCCAGACUAAACGUCCCGCGAAACCAGUGGAGUUCUCUCCCUCUUUGUGCCAUCGCGAGUUGUGCUAUUGGCAGACUCGUCGUGAUGCCUGUGCUGGGCACCCUUAUUUGCCAGCAAUUCACGCGUAUCGGACUAAUAGAUCCCUCCAACAAUGUGCUCAGAUUCGUCUGCAUCCUCGUGUCGGGUUUGCCCACUGCGUCCAUGCUGGUGUUCUUGACUCAAGUGUACUCUGGACAGUACAUCAUCGUGUUUAUAUCGAUGACGGCCUUCACUACUCUGACGCUUGGCAUUCUGUUUGGAUGAUUCCCUGAAGCAGGGAUGUAUGGAUCGCGUUAUGUGCAGAUCUAGAUAAUGCAGCGAAUCGACGGGUGUCGUUUUUGCUUCCUGGCCAGUCGGAUAGAACAAGACACAUAUGAUGAGUCCAUAUAGCACGAUGUAGAAUAUACAAGAGCACCUGGAACUGUAUUUAUGACCUCAAGACGCAUCCGUUUGUAUACUUUUUUGUAUCCAUUUCUGUCCAUUGAACGAUACUCUAUGUAGGACGAUACUAGCUAGUCUAACGGAUGUCCCUGUGUUCUGUGUCGCAUAUCUGGAGUUACGAAUACCCUGAUG